AUGGGAGCGUUCGACACGCACAACUCGGAGGGAUCCAAGCGGGAGAGGGCGCCCAGGCGCGCCGCCGCCCGACGAUGCGCGUACCACACCGAGCAGAAGAGCCUGGAGCGCACCUUCGACCAGAUCGACCCAUCGGUCAUCGCCGAGGUGCUCGCCUCGCACGCGGGCAACAUGGAAGCCGCCGCGAUGGAGCUCGUGGAGUACGACCAUGAGGCCGCCGUGGCGAAGCAGCUCAUGAACACGAGCGGCUCAUCGUCUCCCACCCACGCCGAGAGCGAGAAGGAGAGGAAGGCGAACGCGGAGGCGUCGUUCUGGGACGACGUCCUCGGCGACUGCGACGUCGACCCCGACGGACCGUCCGAUGGUCCCGCGGUCGAGGCGGGCGCGGAGGGCUCGAUGCACGCGGCGCAGGCGAUGGCGGAGGAUACCACCCCGUAUUCGUCGUGGCCCGUCGACCAGUGGCCCACCGUGGAGACGAACGUGGUCGGCGCGAUGACCGAGGACGCCACCGCCGUGGAGAAGCUGCUGGGAUGGCGAGCGAGUGUCGACGCCGUGGACGCGGACUCGGGGACCCCCGACGAGGACGGGGUCGAUAUCCUCGUGAAGUGGAAGGGACGCGCGCUGGUGCACUGCUCAUGGGUGCCUCUCCCGGCCCUGACGGCCGCGAUGAACCCGGGCGUGGCGUCGCAGAGGCUCGCCAGGUUCUGGGAGAGGCACCCGAGGCUGGCUGGGCCGUGCGUCGCCGUGCGCCGGGCGUGCCUCGACGUCGCAUCCAUCGUCGCGACGCGCGACCGAUGCUCGCGCCCCGAGGCCGAGGACGGCGAACCGAGUCCAGCGCCGCCCGGAGUGACGUCGUCACCCGAGCGCCGGGAGGCUCUCGUCAGGUGGGGCGGCGGGCUCGGGUACGAGGAUGCCACCUGGGAGCCCGUCGAGUGGGUCGAGUCCAGGUCCGGCGGCGACGUCGCUUUGCGCGCCUACGGGGCGGUUCAGGCCCGGCGAGAGGAGAAGCUGGAUGCCGCGCGCCGUGCGAGGGGCGGUUCCACGAUUCAGAGCGUCGAGGCCGACGCCGAACUCGCGCCGAGCAGGGAGUGGUACGGGAGCGAGGGCGACGUGCUGCGGGGGUACCAGAAGGAGGGCGUGCGAUGGAUGGCGCAUAACCUCGUGGUUCGCGAGCGCGGUUGCAUUCUCGCCGACGAGAUGGGCCUCGGUAAGACGGCUCAGUCGCUAGCUCUCAUCGAUUACGUGCUCCGGGCGCAGCGCGCGUCCCGCCUCGAGACUCGGGGCCCCGCUCUCGUUGUCGUCCCGCUGUCCACGCUGGUCAACUGGGAGCGCGAGGCUGCUCGUUGGGUGCCGGGCGCUCACGUCGUCGCAUACGUCGGUCCACCCGCCGCUCGCGUCUGCAUUCGUCGCCACGAGAUAUCCUACGGCGACGGGCGGCUCGUCACGAACGAGGGCUCGGACUCGGACGCUCCGAACGCCGAACAACGCGUCGAGUCCCAGUCGGACAAUGGGCGCGUUGACCGGGCGGAUGGUUACCGGGCGGAUGUUUACCGGGCGGAUGUCGUGCUGACCACCUACGAGAUGGUUCAGGCGGAUCGAUCGGCGCUGGCAAAGAUCCCGUGGUCGUGCCUGGUGAUCGACGAGGCGCACAGGCUGAAGAACAGCGGCGGGAAGGCGCAGCGGGACCUGCGCACCCUCGACUUUGCGAAGAGGGUGGUGCUGCUCACCGGCACGCCGCUGCAGAACGACACCGCCGAACUGUGGUCGCUGCUCAACUUUGUGGACGCCGGGCGUUUCGCGUCCAAGGAUGAGUUCGAGUCGGCGUUCGGGGCGAUGACCGCGGCGAGACAGGUCGAGACUUUGCACAAGGUGCUCGCGCCGUACCUGCUGCGUCGUUUGAAGCAGGACGUGGAGCACAAGCUGCCUCCGAGGGUUGAGACGCUCGUCGAGUGCGAGCUGAUGCCACUCCAGAAGAAGUGCUACCGGGCGCUGUUCGAGCGCAACUUUUCGUUCCUCCGCCAGGGGAGCAAGGACGAUCGCGCCCUCGCCAACUUCAGCAAUCUCAUGAUGGAGGUGAGAAAGUGCUGCCAGCAUCCCUUCCUUCUGGACGGCGUCGAGGAGGCAUUUGUGUCGCAGCAGAUGUCGAAGAAGGGCGGUAAGCGGCCCGCGAAGACGGCCACAGCCGCGGAGCUCGUCGCGUGCUCGGGAAAGCUUCAGCUCCUCGAUAAGCUCCUUCCACGUCUCAAGGCUGGCGGACACCGCGCGCUCAUCUUCAGCCAGAUGACGCGCGUGUUGGACGUCCUCGAGGACUACUGCCGCAACAGGGGACACUCGUAUGAGAGGCUCGACGGCGGCGUCACCGGCCGGGCGCGCCAGGCUGCAAUCGACCGGUUCUGCUGCGGCAGUAACGCAACCGACGCCGGUCACAGUGACGAGGGCGCCUUCCUCUUCCUCCUGUCCACCCGCGCGGGCGGCCAGGGAAUCAACCUCGUCGCCGCCGACACCGUCAUCGUGUUUGACAGCGACUGGAAUCCACAGAACGACGCCCAGGCGCUGGCUCGCGCGCAUCGCAUCGGUCAGACCAAGCCCGUGCAGGUUUACCGGCUGGUCAUGCGCGCCACGUACGAGCGCGACAUGCUUGACCGCGCCGCCAUGAAGCUCGGCCUCGAGCAGGCCAUCUUCAGCAGCAACCUCAACAGCGGCAACGGCGCAAUAGACAAUAAGGAGCGGCGCGGGGCGGCGGCUGAGAUCGAGAGGCUUCUGAAGCAUGGAGCUUACGGCGCCCUGUCCGAGGAUUGCGCGGAGGGCGACGCCCGGACAAAGGCUUUCGCGGGUGAGGGGAUCGACGAUAUCCUCGCGCGGUCAGAGCGCAGGGUGGUCGAGGCUUCGGACGACGACACAUCGAAAUCGUCGGAUGCGCAGAAGAGCAUGUUUGCCACGGCGACCUUCACCGGCGAGGGCGGCGACGGUUCGGACGAGAUCGCGCUUGACGACCCGGACUUUUGGCAAAAGCUCAUGCCAGAGGCCGCGGAGGCGGAGAGGCUGAGAGAGGAGAAGGAGGCCGCAGAGAAGGCAGAGCGACUCAGGCAGGAGGAGGCUGCGUUUGCGAGGAUGAAGAACGGCAAGCCCGAGGUUUUCGUGUGGACGUGGACCGAGCGCAAGCGCGUUCUCUCGCAGCUCGCGUCGUUCGGCUACGGUCAGUGGAACAGGAUCCACGAGGGGUCCAAGGCUGUUCUCGCGGAGGACAAGACCGUAUCCGCCAUCGCCGCGUUCUGCCGACGUUUCGUCCUCGAGGCGUCCCAGGUUAUGACGGAUGGCUCAUGCCCGCUUCUGCUCUCUGCCGCAUCCUCCGGUCCGGCGGUGGGCGCCGGCGUCGACGAGCGCACGCUCGAGCCCGACAAGGGUGGGGACGCGACCCUUUUUGCCCUUUUCGGCGAGGUCAAGUUCGCCUCACACGUUCGGCAGCGUGCGCUCGAGGAGAUGCCAAAGCUCGAGCUCCUGCGCGCGGCGGCGUGGGCUGUGGAGAAAGUGGGCGGCGAAUCGGCGGCGCUAGCCUCAGACUCGGCGGGUUGGCUCGAGGGUAUCCCCGAAGUGCGAGCCGUGUUCAAGUACUCGGAGCCUCCCGCGCCGUGGUGGUCGGAGGCGGAGGACAGGGCGCUGAUCGUCGGCACGCUCCGCCACGGCUGGGGAAGGUACGAUGCCAUUAGAGCCGACGUCGAGCUCGGGCUGGAAGUCGCCCUCGAGCGCGCCGCCGCCGCCGCCGAGUCGCAAUUCCGGGAAGGGUCGGGCACGCCGCGAUCCGCGGGAAAUUCUAAGCGGAAACGAUCGUCCCUGGACCAACGAUCGUCCCCGGACCUCGAGGGCAAGGAGAACGCGCCCCAUAACGUGGACAGCGCCUCGAAACGUUUGAAACCAGGAGCCGUCGCGGGGGUUCACGGCGAGUGCGACGUCGCGGCGGCAGUUGAAUCCGGUGAGGAGAUGGCCGUCCCGGAGUGGCCUCUCGGUCGGGUGCUGAGCCUGCGACUGCGUCGUCUGUGCACCGCCCUCGGUGGCAAGGUUGCGGUGGCGCCUCCCGCGCCGAAGCAGGCCAAGCCGGCCAGGGGACCUAGACCACCCAGGGAGAAGGGCAGCAGGGGGGGCGGAGCAAGGGCCACCGCCGCGGUGGGUAGCAUGGACAAGAAUGCGCGCGCAGUGCAUCAGAUAUCGCUGCUGACCCGAGGCGAGGAUGGUAAGGUCGUGUUACCGGUGGGUCCGAUCCAUGGCGUCACGCUGGAGAGCCUGGGCGCGGUUCAACCCCCAGACGCGCCGGGUUUCCACUCGGCGGCGUACAUCCUGCCCGUGGGGUACCGCACCACCCGCCAGUACAUGCGCUGCGACGAUCCGAACGGUCCUCGUACGAGGUGGGUUCAAGAGAUUGUUCGCGGCGAGGGCGACGACGAGGGCAAGCCCCUGUUCAGGCUGACCGCCGACGAGGGACUGGAUGAGCCCAUCGUUGCCAAGUCGGCAACUGCGGCGUGGGCGGAGGUGCUCAGGCGUGUCACCACGGUGCGAAGGGCAAACGGGGAGGAGGCGAAGAAGACGGCCAUCAGCGGGCCCGAGUUCUUCGGCUACUCGCUCCCCCACAUCCGCCUUCUCAUCGAGGAACUUCCAGGGGUGAACGAUUGCACCGAAUACAAGCCUCUGCUGGAGCGAAGCGUGACUGCCGGCGCAUUCGCAUCCGCGGAGGAGGGGCCGGGCGACGCGUCGGUCGAGCAGGAGGCGUGA